AUGAGAUCAUCUUUGACCAAAGACCUGAUGAAGGAACUUGUCAGGACCAGCAUGACUACAGCGGGGAUGGAUCUGCGUCUGCUGAGGGCGCACCAAACAACCACCGCAACUUUGCCAAUUCUGAGCCCCACGGAAAAUGACACUACAUGCGCGAUGCAGAUUCUCAGCCACGGGAAUGUGGAGAAGGUGCUGAUCGGAGGAGUCCUCACCGUGCUCACUGUGCUCACCAUUUGCGGGAACUUACUUGUGGUGAUAUCCGUGUGCUUCGUGAAGAAGCUGAAGCAGCCCUCCAAUUAUCUCAUCGUCUCCCUGGCGGUGGCGGACCUGUCCAUUGCGGUGGCGGUGAUGCCUUUUGUCAGCAUCACGGACCUCAUUGGGGGGCAGUGGAUCUUCGGACAGGUGUUCUGCAACGUUUUUAUUGCCAUGGACGUGAUGUGUUGCACUGCAUCCAUCAUGACCCUGUGUGUAAUAAGCAUAGACAGGUGAGUCAAGAUGCAGUCUCGACUCCCUAAUAAAACCAAUAAACUGCAAAUGUUAUUUGUUUCCCCCCAAACCAUUAUUUAUCCAGGUUAGUCUCAUUUAUAAGAAAUGUACAUGAGAGACAAAGUCAACAGCAAUUAACACCAAUGAACAGACUUGCUUAUGUUUUUUUUUAUUCAACCAUUGAUGAAUAAUUGAGAAUGGAUUAUUGUAUCUAUACCAACCCUGUCAACCCGAUACCAGGGGUGGCCAACCCUCCUCAAGAGUUUCUGGACUGGGGAAGGGUGCAGGUUUUUACUCUUGCUCUAACACACCUGCUUCUAAUCAGCUGCUCAUCAGGACCUUGAUUAGCAUAAUCAGGUGGAGCAAAAGCCUGCACAGCAGCUCUCUAGGAAGACGGUUGGCCACCCCUUCAUCUACAUUGUAAACUGGGUGGUUCGAGCCCUGAAUUCUGAUUGGCUGACAGCCAUGGUAUAUCAGACCGUCUACCACGGGUAUGACAAAACAUUUAGUUUUACUGCUCUAAUGAAGUUGGUAACCAGUUUAUAAUAGCAAUAAGGCACCUCAGGGGUUUGUGGUAUAUGGCCAAUAUACCACGGCUAAGGGCUGUGUCCAGGCACUCUGCGUUGCGUCGUGCAUAAGAACAGCCCUUAGCCGUGGUAUUUUGGCCAUAUACCACACCUCCUCAGGCUUUAUUGCUUAAGUAUACCAGGGGUAUUCAACACUUACCCUACGAGGUCCAGAGCCUGCUGAUUUUCUGGUCUACCUGAUAAAUAAUUGCACCCACCUGGUGUCCCAGGUAGAUCAGUCCCUGAUUAGAGGGGAACAAUGAAAAAACGCAGUGGAACUGACUUCGAGGUCCAGAGUUUGAGGAAGCUAUACUAUCCUGUGAGUACUUAAUGUCAAUCACAUUACUUCCAUCAGAGACUUCUCAAUAUUUAAAACGAAUCUCUUUGCUGUUACAGGUACCUAGGCAUAACUAAACCCUUGACCUACCCUGUGCGACAGAGUGGGAGAUGCAUGGCCAAAAUAGUUCUGUCUGUGUGGCUGCUGUCGGCCUCCAUCACCCUGCCGCCGUUGUUCGGCUGGGCCCAGAACGUCAACGACGACAAGGUGUGUCUGAUCAGCCAGGACGUGGGCUACACCAUCUACUCCACCGCCGUCGCGUUCUACAUCCCCAUGUCGGUGAUGUUGAUGAUGUACUACAACAUCUACCGAGCGGCCAAGGUGAGUGUCGCCAAGCACACCAUCCAAGGCUUCCCCAAGGCGGAGGACGAAUGCAACAGUGUUGACUGUGCGGCCGCGGCCCUGAAGCUCCAGAAGGAGGUGGAGGAGUGCGCCAGUUUCUCUCGUCUGCUGAAGAAUGACAGGAAGAACAUCUCCAUCUUCAAACGGGAGCAGAAGGCGGCUGCCACGCUGGGCAUCGUGGUGGGGGCCUUCUCCGUCUGCUGGUUGCCUUUCUUCCUGCUGUCCACGGCCAGGCCCUUCAUCUGCGGGCCGGAGUGUAGCUGCGUUCCCCUCUGGGUGGAGAGGUUCCUGCUCUGGCUGGGCUACGCCAACUCCCUCAUCAACCCAUUCAUCUACGCCUUCUUCAACAGGGACCUGAGGACCACCUACCGUAACAUCCUGCUCUGCAGGUACAGGAACAUCAACCGCAAACUCUCCGCCGCCAGCAUGCACGAGGCCCUCAAACUGGCUGAGAGACCAGAUCUGGUGAUCUAG